AUGGCCAAAGAGAUUAUGAAAACACAUGACCUCAACUUUUGUGAUAGGCCAAACCUUAUGCUGUCCACAAUAUAUAGUUACAAUAAUACUGAUAUUUUAUUCUCUAUAUAUGGAGAGCACUGGAGGCAACUACGUAAGAUAUGCGUUAUAGAGCUAUUGAGUGUAAGGCGUGUCCAGUCAUUUAGGUCCAUAAGAGAAGAGGAGGUGGAAGACCUUGUUAAGUCAAUUUCUGGUAAAGAAGGAUUGGUUGUUAAUCUCACUCAUCAGAUUUUUUCAAUGACAUAUGGGAUAGUUGCCCGGGCAGCACUAGGGAAAAGGAGCAAACACCAACAAGUAUUCGUUUCCUUAAUUAAUGAAAUGAUAAAUAUGCUAGGAGGAAUUUAUAUUGCUGAUUUGUAUCCUUCUGUUAAAAUUCUUCAAAGGAUGAGUAGGGCGAAGUCCAAAAUUGAAAAACUUCAUAGCGAGAUUGAUAUGAUAUUGCAAGACAUCAUCAAUAGUCACCGAAGCAUUCACAAGGAAGCAGGCGAAGAUGAAAAUCUAAUUGAAGCUCUUAUCAAGAUUCAACAGGAAAAUGAUCAAUCACAACAUCCAUUGACUGACGAUAAUAUGAAAGCAAUCAUACAGGACAUGUUUGCUGCUGGUACUGAAACAUCAUCAGGUGUUUUGUUAUGGGGGAUGUCUGAGUUAGUAAAAAAUCCAAAGGUAAUGGAAAAAGUUCAAGCUGAAGUGCGAAAAGUGUUCGAUAAAAAAGGGGGUGUAGAUGAAUCAGAGUUGCACCAGCUGACAUACUUAAAGUGUGUAAUCAAAGAAACACUAAGGUUGCAUCCUAUUGCACCGUUGUUAGUUCCAAGAGAAAAUAGGGAGAGUUGCCAAAUAAAUGGGUAUGAGAUCCCAGCUAAGACAAGGGUGAUGGUCAAUGUUUGGGCUAUUGGAAGAGAUCCAAAGUAUUGGGUUGAAGCUGAGAGUUUUAAACCUGAGAGGUUUCUUAAUAGUCCAAUUGAUUUCAGAGGCACCGACUUUGAAUUCAUACCAUUUGGUGCUGGAAGGAGGAUGUGUUCAGGAAUUGGAUUUGCCUUACCCAACAUUGAGCUACCGUUUGCUAAAUUACUUUUCCACUUUGAUUGGAAGCGUUCCAACGAAAUGAAAAAUGAAGAACUUGAUAUGACUGAGACAUUUGGAUUAACUGUUGGAAGAAAACGUGAUUUGUGCUUAAUUCCUAUUACUCGUCGUCUUUAA